AUGGAGAAGUAUUGGGGAAAUAUUAAAGGAAGAUUAAUUUCAAAAAAUGAAGAUGGAGGAAAUAGAAAAGUUGAAAAUGAUUUGUACUAUUUUUUAAUUGAAAUAUUAAAAGUAAUAGAUGGAAAGCUCUUAUUAGAUAAGGAAACAUUUGGAAAAAUCAAAGAAAAUUUGUAUUUGGAAAAGAUUUCGAAAUAUUUUGUGGAAUAUAGCAAAAUUAAUUUUGAUGUAUUAACCGAAAUUCAGAGACAAUUUGUCAAAGAAAUUUGUAAAGUAGAAGAAAAGGAAAUUUUGGAUGAAUGGGUAUUAAAAAUAGAAAAAAGAAUUAAAGAGCUAAAACAAAUGAAUGAACAGUUAGAUAUAGGUUUGUGUUCUAGAGGGAGGGUGUAUUGCAGGGAUAGCGCCGACAGAAAAUCAAAUUCCCAAAUUUCGGGAAUCGUAAAUUCGCGAAAAUUUUGA